AUCUUUUUAUAUACAUAUAAUUGUUUUCUUUUUUUUUUUUUUUUUUUUUUUUUAAAUAAAUUGUUUCAAAAAACUUCAAUGCAAAUUAAUAAAUUGUUUUAAUACCAAAAAUUAUUUUCUUAUUGUAUUAAAAUAACUCACCCCAAUAAAUAAUAAUAGUUAUCAGUUUAUUCCUUUUACCAAAAACUUAAAAUUUAGAUUUUAAAACUUUUUGUAAAAAAUAAAUAAAGGAAAUGGGUGCAGAGGAUAAUAAAAUCACAAUACCAUCUUUUUUUGAUAAUAUUUCAGAACCUGAUGUUGGUUCCAAAGAUAUUGUUUCACUAAAGAAUACAUUUCAAACACCUUUAUCUCAUUAUAGCGCCCAAAGCAGUUCCCAAAGAAGUGACCAAAGCAGUUUAGAAGAAAAUGGUGGAGUUACAGAAGAUACAGAAGAUGUUGAAUAUGGAGGGGAUGCAACUCAUUUCCCAUCAUCAAUUAAAUUUAUUCUAGGUAAUGAAAUUGGAGAGCGUUACAGUUUUUUUUCAAUGAAAUCCAUUCUUAAUAAUUAUUUAAUUAAUUUUAUGGGAUAUCAAAGUAAAACUGCAGAGUCUAUAGGUCAUGGUUUUAAUGCAAGUGCCUAUUUUUUUACAUUAUUAGGGGCAUAUGUUGCUGAUGGUAGAUUGGGAAAAUUUAAAACAAUUUUAUAUUUUAGUAUUUUAUAUUGUAUUGGUGCAGCAAUUUUUGCAAUUACUGCUAUUCCAGGUGUAACAGGCAGUGGUCCAGGUAAUAGAUCGCCAUGGGGAUUAAUAUUAGGUUUAUCGGGUAUUGCAAUUGGCACAGGUGGAAUUAAACCAGUUGUUUCAGCAUUUUGUGGAGAUCAAUUUGGACCCCAUCAAAAAAAGCUAUUAGCCAAUCUUUUUCAAGUAUUUUAUUGGUGUGUUAAUGUUGGAGCUUUCUUUUCAUCAAUUUUAUCACCAAUUUUAAGAACCAAUGUAGGUUAUUGGUGUGCUUUUUUAGUUCCUGCCGGUAUUUUAUUAAUUUCUAUAGUUAUUUUUAUUGGUGGAAACAAGAAUUAUAUCAAAAGAAAGCCACAAGGAAGUAUUUUUUCAUCAUUGGUUAAAAUUAUUGCAGUUGGUGUUUCAGAGUCUACCAAGAAGCAUUUAAAUCCAAAUACUUACAAUGACACUUAUUAUCAAGAUUGUUGGGUAGAUAGGGCCAAACUUAAACAUGACCCUAUUAAAGUUGACCAAGUUAAAAUGGUACUUAAAGUAUUGUUGGUAUUUACACCACUCCCAUUUUUCUGGGCUUUAUACGAUCAAACUGGUACCAGAUGGACUACUCAAGGAAAUACAAUGAAUAGAAGAAUCGGUUCAAUAACAUUAGACACAGAAAUUAUUGGUGCCAUUAAUCCAUUAUUGAUUUUAAUUUUCGUCCCCAUUUUUGAAUAUGCUCUCUAUCGUCCAUUACAAAGAAAAAAUAUUAAUUUCUCGCCACUAAGAAAAAUGGGUACUGGUAUGUUUUUAUCUGUUAUCGCAUUUUUAGUUGCCGCUGCCCUUCAAUUGGUCAUCGAUAAUAGUUCACCAAAUUCAGUUCAUAUCGCAUAUCAAAUCCCACAAAAUCUCAUUCUUACAUGGGGUGAAAUUCUUUUAUCAAUUACUGGUCUCGAGUUUGCAUAUGCAAAUUCACCAAGAAGUAUGAAAUCAGUAGUUAUGGCUGGUUGGUUAUUAACAGUAUCCAUUGGAAAUUUAUUUGAUGUAUUCGUUAUCAGUUCAAUUAAAGCUUCAGAAUUUGUAUUAUAUAUCAUCUUUGCCGCUGUUAUGUUUGUUUUUAUUUGUAUUUUUGUAAUUAUAGCCUACAAAUUUAAACCACUAAGUGAAGAUCUUAUGAACGCUCUAAAUGGUCAAAAUCCAAAUAAUAAUCAAGAUGGAACAGAAAGUGUCGAAACAUCAACCGUUGACACUUCAACUAUUGACAAUUUAUCAAUUAAUGAUGAAGUAUAUAGUGACACAUCAUCAAUACCAGCACAUUACUCACCAAAAUCAAAAAGACAAAUAGAGGAAAACUUUACUAAUGAUCCAGAUAUUCCAUCAUCAUCAGCUACAAGCAGACGACCAACUACAGACAACAAUAGUGUUGAUUUGGAAAAACAUGAAACAGAUAACAGUAAUAGUCUAAACAAUAGUACAAAAAUAAGAAAUAGAAGUUUAAAAAAUAGUAAUGAAAGUGUUAUUAGUUUAAAAAACUUUUUUAAUGAUACUGAAGAUAAAUAAAAACAAUUUAUUAUAAAC